CUACUAGUAGGUUUGACAGAUAUACAUUGGAAACCAAGCGAUUUGGCCAUUGGAUACGGAAUAUAGCUGGCUUUGUUUUCUGUGAAGAACUACAGAGAACAGUUUGUUUUUACAUCUGACUACUAAUUAACAAAUUCUGGAGGCAAUUUAAGUGACGUUAGCAACGCGAUAAUAUAGAAACAACUUUUGAUUUAUAAUCGUUAUUCGAUUGAUUGGUUGGAUCUAUAAUUCUAAUUGCGCAGCUGCAGUUAGUCUGAAUCUGAUUGAGCUGGGGAUAUACUUGCAUUUAUUCGGGGGAUUUCAACGGCAAUUCCAGCCAAUUGAUCGUUUUGCUCAUCACAGUUAGUAUGCCAAUUCCCUUGGAUGUAUUUCAAGUCCCAGCUGAUGUGGCCGAAGCUGAAUUAGCCAGUCGCAAAGUUUCAACAGUUUUUCAAAAUUUUAUAUAUGACUUACCAAUACCAUUCUCAUUAUUACUACUUCUAUGCGGAUUUGGUUAUUUGUUAAUUAUCGGUAUAAUUUAUGCAAUUGUAAAAUCCAUAUUGGCGAAGCGUACGCCAAGUGUUAAACCAUCUGCCAAUCAGCUUCAACCUUUCGCUUGCUGUCCAUGUUGUUUAUCAGUUGCUGAUUUAUGCAACUGUUGCAGAGUAACUUCCAUUGAUGCCUGCCUUAAUGGUAUUUGCCCCCAACGUAAGACUCAUGACUUUACGGACUUAAUACUAUGUCAAAUAUGUCUUGGACGGCCUGGUCGAAUGAAAUCGGCUGUACCACUUGUCAAAUGUCCUGUAUGUUGUCGAUCAGCCUAUUGUGAAGACACCGUUAUAUGUUGCUUCUUAUGUAAUUUUCGAUCGAAAGCUUUACUUCAGGACGAAUAGAAUAAAUACUUUGGUUCUUUAUAGUAAUAUUAUAUACAUACUUUUGCUUGGAAAAAAAAUAAAUUUUUAUUUUUACUUUUCUU